UAUCUCUCUUGGAACUGUUUUGCCUUCCAGACUCAAGGUCGUGAGUCAAUUGCAGCCAAACUUGUCGCUAAUCUUAUAACAGAGGCAGGUGCCAAUCGUGUUCUUGCUUGUGACCUCCAUUCUGGACAGUCAAUGGGCUACUUUGAUAUACCAGUUGAUCACGUGUACUGUGAGCCUGUGAUUCUAGAUUAUCUUGCCAGCAAGACAAUUUCUUACAAUGAUCUGGUUGUGGUCUCUCCUGAUGUUGGUGGUGUGGCAAGAGCUCGUGCUUUUGCCAAAAAGUUAUCUGAUGCUCCUUUAGCAAUCGUGGACAAAAGGCGCCAAGCUCACAACGUUGCUGAGGUGAUGAACCUUAUUGGUGACGUUAAAGGAAAAGUUGCUGUCAUGGUAGAUGACAUGAUUGACACUGCCGGUAAGAAGUCAUGGAUACAUUUGGAUGUUAUGUUGUUUAAUAGUUUCUUUUAGUAUGCAAUGUUUGAA